AUGCGCCUCACACUCCUCCUGGCGACCCUCGCCGCGUCCAGGAAACCCCUGCCCCGGCGCGCGCCGGCCCUGCACAAGCUGCGCGGCGGCUACGCCCAGGGCAUCGCGCCGGCGUCGUUCCGCGCCGACGGCGACGCCGCGCUGCGCCGGGCGCUGAACGUGAGCGCGCAGCGCUUCGACGUCGUCCACGAGGCCGCGGGCGUCGUCGUCUUCCGCCACUGCGACGACCGGGACGUCCUAAAAGCCGCGGGCACGAUCGACGCGCCCCUGGCGACGGUCGUGAACAUCCUGAAGAACAGCUCGCGGUCGAAGGAGUACAACGAGCACUGCCACGAGCUCGUGCCCGUCGCCGAGUACGACGACGACAGCCAGAUCACGUGGACGUCGACGGCGUCCUACGGGCCCUUCAAGGCGCGCGACUUCCUGACGGCCGUGCACGUGCGCGCCGUCGACGGCGCCACGGUUUUCGUGAACCACGCCGUCGACGACCACGCGGGCGCGCCCGCGCCGAGCGACCGCUACGUGCGGUCGUCCGUGCGCUACGGCUGCACGCGGCUCCGGCCGGCGAGCGACCCGGCGAAGACGGACGUCGAGCUGCUCUCGGCCGUGGACUGCGGCAUCGAGCCGGAGGGGGCGGCGGCGGCCGUCGCGCGGAAGCUCGCGGAGACGGGGCCCGUGACGUUCAUCCGUUCGCUGGAAGCCGUCGCGCGGCGCGACGCGGCGGGGCCGGCGCCGCCGCCGAAGCCCGCGCUCCGCGUCUUCCUCGAGUCGCUGGUCUCGGGCUUCGACGAGGUCCGCCCGGCGCGGCCCGUCGCGGGCCCGGAGACCAAGUCCUGGGAGCGCUACGAGAAGUACAAGGCCGCGACGACCGUCGGCGAGUUCCUCGACCUCGGGGGCACGCUCGCGGAUUUGGCGCACGACACCGGCAAGGGCUUCGUCCAGUACGCGGACAAGAAGUCGCACAAGCCGCCGAAUUUCCCCCGGGCCGCGGCCCAGAAGGCGCCCCUCAGCGCGGAGGAGAAGGCCUGGCAGACCUGGGACGACGACGAGCUCGACGACGUCUGCGACACGUGCGGCGAGUACACGGUCACGGAUUCGGGCGCGCCGAUGUCGAACGUGCUCAUCUGCGACGCGUGCGACUGCGAGACGCACCUGCGCUGCUCGGGGUUACUGCGCAUGCCCCCGGACGACGAGGGCUACCGCUGCGUGAACUGCGUCGACGGCACGUCGGGCGGCGAGGUCGACCGGCCCGCGCGCGCGGCGCCGCGGCGCGACGACGCGGACGCGCGCGCCGCGCAGCUCAGCGGCCGCUGCCUCAAGUGCGGCGGCGCCGGGGCCCUGGAGCGCGAGCUCUACUUCUGCGAGGUCGCGGGCUGCUACGGCUGCUGGCACGGCGACUGCGCGGACGCGCUCCUGCCGGCGAAGGGCGAAGGGGGCGCGACGUUCGAGAAGUCGCGGUGCCCGUCGUGCGCGGACCGCUUCGGCGAGCGCGCGCACGCCGAGCCCGCGGCCGUGGGGCGCGCCGAGGCGCCGCGCACGUUCUGGGCCGUCGCGUUCCCGGAGCAUUUGGACCUCGCGGAGCGCGCGCGGCUCCAGCAGAUCCUCGUCAACGGCGCGGGCGACCUGCCGCCGGACGUGCAGGCGCGGUGCCUGCGCAACUACCACCUCAAGCGCGAGACGACGGGCAAGAAGCGCGGGAGGCCCAAGGGGUCCGUGAACAAGCCCCGCGGCGACGGCGGGCCCGCGGCGGCGAAGAAGCCCCGGGGCCGGCGGCCCAAGGUCCAGCCGCCGCCGGGGUCGCUGAACCUGGCCGCGCUGGGGUUGCCGGGCGUCGUCUUCCCCCCGGCCCCGCCGGGCCUCAACCCGGGCCUGCUGGGCGCCGGCGGCGCCGCGGACCCGCGGCUCCUCGCCGCGCACCAGCUGCAACUGCACCACGCGAUGCAGCAGCAGGCCGCGCUCCACCAGCUGCACCAGCAGGGUUUGCUCGUGCCCGCGGCCCUGGCCCAGCCGGGGCCCGCCCAGGCGCCCGCCGCGGCGCCGGACGCGGCGCCGGCCGCGGCCGCACCGCCGGCCGCGCCGGCCGCGUUCGAGCCCGCGGCGCCGCCGGCCGCGGCGCCGGCCGCGUUCGAGCCCGCGGCCUUCGAGCCCGCCGCGCCCGCGCCCGCGGCGCCCGCGGCGCCGCCGGCGGAGGCGCAGAAGGACUGCGCGCCCGUCGGCGACGGCUGGUGGGAGAAGAAGGACCCCGCGAGCGGCCGGUGCUACUACGUCCACGAGAGCACGGGCGCGUGCCAGUGGGAGAAGCCCGUCGCGAAGCCGCCCCAGUCCCCCCUGAUUGCGCUCCGUCAGGGGAUGCGCGCUCGGCGUCGCAACGACUCGCUCGAGAGCGGCGGCGAGUCCGACGACGGCGAGCAGAAGCGCGACGAGCUCACCUGGUUCCGCGUCUUCGUCGCCUGCGCGGCGACGUUCGCCGCCUACCGCCUCGGCGCGUCCAUGGGCGGCGCCGCGCGGCGCGGCGCCGCGGCGCCGGCGGUGCUGCCGUCCUGGCGCGGCGACCACGCGCCGGCGGCGCCCGGCGACCGACGCCAGCGCCCGCCGAAGCCCAAGCGCGCGGCGCGGCCGCAGAGCGGCGAGCGGCCGCGGCGCGCCGUCCGCGACGCGCCGCGGCGGCCGCCCGACGACGACGACGACCCGUCGCCCGCGCCGACGCCGGCGCCCGCGCCGCGGCCGCGCGGCGCGGCGAGCGCCUUCGACGUGCUCCCCUGCGCGGCGCGCAGAUACGUCACCGUGGUCCUGCCGUCCGUCGUCGCGCCGCCCGCGCGCCCCGCGCGGCUCCGGGCCAUCGCGUCGACCUGGGGCCCCGAGGCGCGCGCGGUCUUCGUGGGCCACGGCCACCUGCCCAAGGAGUGGCCGACCUUCGAGGCGUGGACCUGCGACGGCUACCCGAAGAAUUUGCUGGUUCCGGCCACCAUCACGGACGCGAUGGGCACCGCGCGCCUCGAGUGGGUGCUGCGAAGGGUGUCCGCGGCGGGCGUCGACUUCGCGUUCAUGGCCAACGACCACACGGCGAUCCUGGCGCCGAACCUGGCCUGCUUCCUGAGGCGCCUCGACCCGGCGGCGGCGCUCUACGCGGGGCACGCGCUCGCGCAGCGGAACGGAAAACAGCCGCCCGAGGUCUUCAACUCCGGCGCGAGCGGCUACGUGCUCACGCGCGCGACGCUCGACCUGCUCGAGGCCGCCUGGGCCGCGGAGGACCCGACCUGCUCCGCGGCGGCGGCGUCGAAGUGGCUCCAGGGCAACCCGGGCCUCGUCCUCGCGCGGUGCCUCGCGAGCCGCGGCGUGACGCCCGUCGACACGCGCGUGGCCGGGCGCCACGUCUUCCACGCCUUCGGGCCCGUGCGCACGUCGACGGGCGGCGUCGACGACUGGUACCGGCGCAUGCACGAGAUGCUGGAAUUUUCCGACCCGCCGGCGCACCCGCUCCCGUCGGGCGCGGCCUGCUGCGACGGCCACACGGUGUCCUUCCACUACGUUGAGGCCGCGGAGCAGGUCGCGCUCCACGCGGCGCUCCGCGAGGAUUUCCGCGACGCGUCCAACGGCGACCGGGACAAGUGGCUCCGCCAGCACUGGCCGAGCGGGACGCGGAACCUCGGGGGCUACGAGCACGCCAUCCCGGAGAACGACCCGCCGAAGCGCGCGGACUUCCGGGACCUCGUCACCGCGACCCUCGCCCUCGCGACGCCGGCGUCGUGCCCCGCGGAGCCCCUCGUCCUAACCUAG